CUCCUCCUCUUACUUUCUCUGUCCUGAUUUAUGUAAAUUUUUCUGAUCAUCGGAUUGGUUGAGACAUCAAAAAAAAGGAAAACAUCGAGAUUUUUCCUUUUUGUUUCGCUCUCGUUCGAUGCUUUUGAAUCAUUAUUGUUUACUUCUGCGUCCUCUGUUCGUUUGAUGGGAUUUGUAUUCCGGGAGAUUCACUUGCCAUGGCCAAAUUGUCUUUCAAGGAUUCCCUCAAAGCUCUAGAAGCCGAUAUCCAACACGCUAACACACUAGCUCUAGAUUAUCCUCGGGAGAAAGAUGGAGCGCGUGUUCAGAUGAGAUUAUCGUACAGCCCGGCUGCUCAGUUUUUUCUUUUUCUUGUACAAUGGACUGAUUGUCACCUCGCUGGUGCCCUCGGUUUACUCAGAGUUCUUAUCUAUAUGACUUAUGCGGAUGGAAAAACAACAAUGUCGGUUCACGAAAGAAAAGCCAGUAUUAGAGAGUUCUACGCUGUAAUAUUCCCGUCGUUGUUACAACUACAAAGGGGUAUUACAGAACUAGAAGACCGGAAACAAAAAGAGGUCUGCAGUAUGCGUUACAGAAAGAAAGAUGAAACCGAAAAGUCAGAGAUUGAGAUUGAAAGGGAAGAAGAAUGUGGAAUCUGUAUGGAGAUGAACAGCAUGGUCGUGCUUCCAAACUGUACUCAUUCUUUGUGCCUCAAAUGUUAUCGAGAUUGGCGAGAGCGGUCACAGUCAUGUCCUUUCUGCAGAGACAGUCUUAAAAGAGUAGAAUCGGGUGAUCUCUGGAUGUUCUUGGAAAAAACCGAUGCAGUGAAUCUCUAUGCAAUCGUGAGAGAGAACCAGAAACGGUUGUUUGUGUACAUUGAGAAGUUACCACUGGUGGUUCCAGACCAAGCGUUUGCGUCUUCUCCAUAUGAUUGCCAUGUGAGGUGAAGAAUAAAAAAUGGCCAAGAACGGUUCUGGUUAAUCUUUAUAUGUAUAUUGGAGACUUUUUCAAUUUGGGAGGGGAAAAGGAGGACUCAUUUGUAUAUUUAUUAGAAUUAAGUAGAAGUCUAGAAGUAGUAGUUCCGUCUGAAUCUUUUUAAACUCUUCUUUUUACCAUUUUCUUGGGAAAGUUCCACUUACUUCUUUGCUUUUUGUCUCUGUUUUAAGGAGAUGACUACUAAUUCACUUUGUUUUGGUCUCUGUCU